CCAUACACCAAAUUCACAUGCAAUUACUAUGCAAAUGUCAUAAACACUUUUUUUGUGACUUUUACUACUUUCCACUUAAUCUUCAUUUUUCCUUUUAUUCCUUCCACAAGUUUCUAAUCUUGUUUCAUUAGUACUCACUCGUGUUCUAACCUUUGUUUCUUGCAAAAAAAAAUACAAGAACAUGAAUCUUUCUGGAUCUUUGUGGUUUGUAACAGUAACAGUGUGUUUCUUGUUUCUUAACUUGAGUUUUUGUUGCUAUUCUUUGAAUGAAGAAGGUAAUGCUCUUUUGAAGUUGAAGAAGAGAAUAACUAGUGACCCUUUUGAUGCUUUGUUAAAUUGGGUUGAUGAUGAAGUUGUUCUUGAUCCUUGUGAUUGGUUUGGAGUUGAAUGUUCAGAUACAAAAAAAGUUGUAGUCUUGAAUUUGAAAGACCUUUGCCUUGAAGGAACUUUAGCACCAGAGCUUAUGAACCUAGUUCACAUAAAGUCUAUUAUUUUAAGGAACAACUCUUUCUAUGGAACCAUACCUGAAGAAAUUGUAGGCUUGAAAGAAUUGGAGAUUUUGGAUUUGGGAUAUAACAAUUUCAGUGGACAUUUAGAUGCUAAUUUUGGUCAUAAUAUCUCAUCACUAGCAAUUCUUUUGCUAGAUAACAAUGAGCUCCUUGUUGGUUUCUCUCCCAAAAUCAAUGAGCUGAAAAUGCUCUCGGAGUGUCAAGUAGACGAAAAUCGGUUAAUCAAUGCAGCUAAGAUGCCAUCUUGUUCCGAAAGAUCCAUCACAUGGCAUGUUCAUGAAAAUGAAGGUCCUAGGAGACUGUUACAUUAUCACAAACAUCACCAUCCUAAUCGUAAUAAUCAUACUUCUCGUAAUCAUACUUCGCCUCUAUAUAGAUUUCCUCCUUCACAUCCUCCAUCGGCCACAGCAGUACCACUGGUCCCAAAUCCAGCUUCAGAUUCUCCUAUUCAAAAUGCUCCUGAUUCUCCCAAUCAAAAUGCUUCAGAUUCUCCUAAUGAUAAUGCUUCAGAUUCUCCUAAUGAAAAUGUUUCUGAUUCUCCAACUCAAACCACAUCAUCAAAGAAGAAUAAAGUUCCUAUUCUCGCCGGAGUUAUUAUUGGUUGCGCUGUUUUUCUUGUGAUUUCAAGCAUUGGUAUAUAUCUUUGUAAAACCAACAAAGUAGCUAUUGUUAAACCUUGGACUACAGGAAUAAGUGGACAACUUCAAAAGGCACUUGUCACCGGUGUCCCGAAGCUAAAGAGAUCAGAUCUUGAAGCAGCAUGUGAAGAUUUUAGCAAUGUAAUUGGCAAUUCGCCGAUUGGUACAUUGUACAAAGGAACUUUGUCUAGUGGAGUUGAAAUUGCUGUAGCUUCUGUUUCUGUCAUACCAAAGAAUUGGACAAAGGCUUUAGAAGCUCAAUUUAGGAAGAAGAUAGACACAUUAUCGAAAGUGAAUCACAAGAAUUUUGUCAAUCUUAUUGGUUAUUGUGAAGAAGAAGAGCCUUUCACUAGAAUGUUGGUUUUUGAAUAUGCUCCCAAUGGAACAUUAUUUGAGCAUUUACACGUAAAAGAAGCUGAGAACUUAAACUGGGGACCAAGACUUAGAAUUGCAAUGGGAAUGGCUUACUGCCUACAACAUAUGCAUGAAUUGGAUCCUCCUAUGGUCCAUACCAACUUGAGUUCUUCCGUCGUCCACCUAACCGAUGACCACGCAGCGAAAAUCUCGGAUUUGAGUUUCUCCUACGAAAUAGAUUCAUCUGAAAAGAAACCUGAUGGUAAAAAACACAAUGACAUGAUGCAAUCAGCAAGUCCAGCAAGUAAUGUUUACAGCUUUGGUGUUUUGUUAUUCGAAAUAGUUACCGGUCGAAUCCCUUAUUCGGUUGAUAAUAGCUCACAUGAAAAUUGGGCAUCACAUUAUCUAAAAUGGGACAAACCACUUAAGGAAAUGGUGGAUUCAACUCUAACAUCUUACCAAGAAGAUCAGGUGGAACAAGUUGCUGAACUGAUAAGAGUUUGUGUCGAUCCGGAUUCGGAGAAGAGACCGAGAAUGAAUGAAGUGAGUGAGAGAUUGAGAGAGAUAACGAAAAUGCCGCCCGAAUUUGUAGUUCCAAAACUUUCUCCACUUUGGUGGGCUGAGAUUGAGAUUUCUUCUUGAAAUCAAUCAAUGAAUCAUAUUGUAGUUAGUAACUAAGUAUGAGAGAUUAUAGAAUUGUUAUAAUUUUUACUUAGUUUAAGGUACAAAAAAGUUGUCACUUCUUGUAUCUAUUGUAGGAUGGUUGGUCUCAAAAAACAUUGUAUAUGAGUGAGACCGAAAAAUGUAGAGACUAAUUUUUCGAAGCACCGAGAUUAUUUUUAAAGUGCUUUGUGUAAUUGUAGCAUAUGGAAUAUAACUAAAAAAAAUUAGCUUUAUUAUAUCAGUUAA